AUGACCAACACAAGUGAACAAAAUUCAGAUGAUGAAGAAAUCAAUGAACAAUAUGGUAAAAUGCAGAAUUUUAAAAAAAUCAAACGCAGUACAAACAUUAAACAAAAAAAACAGAAUGAAAUAAUGACCAACACAAGUGAACAAAAUUCAGAUGAUGAAGAAAUCAAUGAACUUUAUGCUAAAAUGAAGAAUUUAAAAAAAAUCAAAAAUAAUAUAAAUGGUAAACAAAAAAAACAAAAAAUAACAAUGAGUACAAGCAACCAAAAUUCGGAUGAUGAAGAAAUCGAUGAACAUAACGGUAAUCGAAUAAAUCAAAUACAGAAUUUAAAAAAUGUCAAAUCCAUUAAGUCUAAACCAAAAAAACAAAAAUUUCAGUCACAUUUAUUAAAAUUAGAACAAGAAUAUGAUGGAUCAACAUUAAACAAUGAAAACUGUAUACGUGUAAAAAAACCAGGUGGUGGUAAUUUUUCAAUUAAAAUACCGGUGAAUCAAGGAGGAGGUGAUUAUUUGGUAGUUCAAAAGUAUAAGACAGCCGAUAUGGAAAAAGUAGAGUCAAAAGAGAGAUGGAAAACUAGUACAUUUAACGCAAAAAUUAUACUCAACGAAAAAGAUAAAGCUGACAAUGCAAUAACAUUAGCAUUCAAUAACUUACAAGAUUUGAUGAUGGAUAAAUUUAUGUGUAAUGAUGAUAAACAAAUUGAAUCUUAUCAAUAA